CUGCUUGUCUGUAGCAUAGACUGUAUAUUUAUGGUCUGCAGUCCGGGGCUUUUCAACUAAAGUCAAGCGGGUAACCAACCAACGGGUUAGUAGUCUGUGGUCGCAGUAAUACCAUGGCUGGAAGAUGGUGGAGCAGCGCGGCGGUAACCCACGUGCUGGUGGCUUUGUUCGCCAUGGGCUCCUGGAUUUCCGUAAACAGUCUGUGGCUCGAGCUCCCGGUGGUUGUCAACGUGCUGCCUGAAGGGUGGAACCUGCCAGCCUAUAUCUCAGUGCUGAUAGCGUUUGGGAACAUUGGUCCAAUAGUAGUGACCAUCACACACCACUGUGCUCCAGGACGUUUGAACGAACGCCUCGUCAUCCACUGCAUCCAGGUGCUGGCCGUGGUAGCCUCGGGUUUCCUGGCUGUCUUCUGGUCACACACCGUCACAAUCGCUGAAGAAAAAAGGUCCCUGGUGUUCCUGCUCAUCACCUUUGUGUUGUCUUUUGUUUGCUGUACGUCCAACGUCACCUUCCUGCCUUUUAUGUUCAGUUACCCCCCUCAGUACAUUCGUACUUUCUUCAUUGGCCAGGGCUUCAGCGCCUUGUUUCCUUGUAUUGUGGCCUUAGGGCAAGGCGUUGGGAAGCUGGAGUGUAAAACUGUAAAUAGCACAGUGCAGCCAGAGUAUUUAGAAGAGAACUUUCCCGUACAGAACUUCUUCUGGUUCUUGUGCGUCAUGCUGUCAAUCUCAGCGCUGAGUUUCCAGGCUUUAAUGCAAAGGCGGAUAGAGUCACAGGAAAAUGCACCGCCCCAGGAGUCUGACACUUCAGCAGCAGGAAAGAAUGGAGAGGAAACACACCCGCUACACAACGGAGGGACACCGGUGUCUGAGGAUCAGGUGCAAGUGGAGGAACAGCCACAGACAUUUUGGACACAGCGGAACAUCUACCUGCUGUCUCUGCUCGCAGUCUCCAACGCCCUCACCAACGGGGUCCUGCCGUCUGUACAGAGUUUCUCCUAUUUGCCUUAUAGCACCAUGACCUUUCACCUCUCUGUGGUCCUUGGCAACAUAGCCAACCCCCUGGCCUGCUUUGUAGCUAUGUUUUUUAUCCUGAGGUCCUCUACUGGUCUGGGCUUCUUGUCUUUAGCAGGCGGAGUAUUUGCUGCGUAUCUCCUGGCGUUAGCAGCACUUAGCCCCUGUCCUCCACUCCUGGGAAACCAUGCUGGUGUGGCUUUAGUGGUCAUCUCAGGGAUAUUCUUCACCGGCAUCUUCUCCUAUCUAAAGGUUGUGAUUGGGACUUUGCUUCACGAGGCGGGUCACUCUGCCCUGCUGUGGUGCGGCAUCUCUAUCCAGGCCGGCUCCCUUAUCGGAGCGCUCACCAUGUUCCCUCUGGUCAGCGUAUAUCACGUGUUCAAAGAGGCCAAGGCAUGUGUGGAUAACUGCAGCAAGCACGAGUGAGAUAUGUCAUGUUUUUCUCAAUUCAUUUUUUCUUUUUUUUUUUUAUCAUGAGAAAUGACUGUUUUAGCCCAGUCUUUGGGGCUCCACAAGUGAAACAUCACAUCUGUCUUCAUCUGUCUGGUUGUGGAUCAUGCCACCAAUGAAGCAUCCUGUCCUGAUUCAGAGGCCUCUGAUCUGUGAAAACAUUUCCAGAUAAUGGGAGCAUUGUGUUGCUGCACAUUGGACAAGGGGAUGUAAAAAGCAUAUGAUGCAGUAAUACCCAAUAAUACAUCUCUGUUUGUUGUUUACUAUCAGCAGCUGAUGUUUUUUUCCCUACAUUAAUAAACCGUGUGAAAAGUUACAUACUCAGGGACACAAUCAUUAACUUA